GUACAAGAUCGAUAACAAGAGCAGCAGUUGUAGACCCUGGCACUUUUCAAAACACAGCUAGCACUAACACACCUCCUGCUGAUUCAACUACUAGAAACACGCCUCUUCCUGCUUCAAUCACUAGCAACGAUAUAAUUUCCUCUGAAUCAAGCAAUCUAAACAACAAUCAAGUUACGUAUAAUUUGCUGAGACAGUUGGUAGUACCUUUAACUACUUCACAACGUGGCAUUAUUGAAUUAAAAACGGCAGAGACAAUAGUGUCAGAAAGACAGCCAAUAAAUAGUAAUAACAGCAUAGUUGAUCUUGCACCAACUGUAAUGUCACAACUACAAAAAUCGAAUCCAUUCAGAGAGCUGUCAGCACUAGCGGCGAGGAUCAAAUUGAAAGCUACAAUAAGUGGCGCUCAUAGGCUACUACCACAACAAAGAACAUUGCUCAAUCAAAGCUCGUCAAGCUUGACAAGUACAUGUUUGGGAACGGAGGGACACUCAAACCAAAAAUUAACAACUACAAUGAGAAUGUCUCAAGUAAGAGCAUUGGAAUAG